GAGAGAGAGAGAGAGACGUUUCUGAACUUUGACUGGUAGUGUAUAUUAAUAAAAGUUUCAAGUAGUGAAGCAUGACCUAUAAAGACACUGAUUAUUAGUAACGGAACAGCAGUGUACAGUAUGCAGUGUGUUUAUCAACAGGUAUGACGUAUGUACACGCGGGCCCUCCUCCUCUCUCUCUCUCCUACGCUCUCCAGCUGUUGCCGCCGCCGCUGCUGCCUGUCUGCCUGGUGACGGUGCGUGCUUGCGUGCGAGUGCGUGCGCGAUCUCCUUUCCGCUCGCGCCGUGCUGCUGCUCUUCAAUGUAGCAAAGACCAUGACAGGUAUCGCCGCCGCCUCCUUCUUCUCCAACAUUUGCCAGUUCGGGGGCUGUGGACUGCACUUCGAGUCGCUGGCCGAGCUCAUCGUGCACAUCGAGGAUAAUCACAUCGAUACAGAUCCUCGUGUGUUGGAGAAACAGGAACUGCAGCAGCCCACAUAUGUCGCCCUCAGCUACAUUAACAGGUUUAUGACAGAUGCAGCGCGACGCGAGCAUGAAUCAUUGAAGAAGAAAGUUCAGCCAAAGCUGUCACUCUCACUGAUGGGCAGCCUGUCACGCAGCAGUGUGGCCACACCCCCUCGACACAACAGCGGCAACCUCACCCCGCCUGUGACUCCGCCCAUUACACCAUCAUCUUCAUUCAGGAGCAGCACCCCGACAGGCAGCGAGUAUGACGAGGAGGAGGCUGAAUAUGAAGAGUCGGACAGUGAUGAGUCGUGGACCACCGAAAGUGCCAUUAGUUCCGAAUACAUUCUCAGUUCCAUGUGCAUGAAUGGCGGUGACGAGAAGCCCUUUGCAUGUCCUGUGCCUGGAUGCAAAAAGAGAUACAAGAAUGUGAAUGGUAUCAAAUACCAUGCCAAGAACGGUCACCGCACUCAGAUCCGCGUUCGCAAGCCCUUCAAGUGCCGGUGUGGUAAAAGCUACAAAAGCUCUCAGGGGCUCAGACACCACACCAUCAACUUCCACCCGCCGGUCUCUGCAGAGAUCAUCCGCAAGUUGCAGCAGUAGAGAGUGCCAACACACACACACACACACACACACACACACACACACAUACAUACGUGCAUAUGUACAGUACAAACCCAACACCUCCACAUCUGCACCAGCAGCUCUGGCUGUCCAUCAACUGACCUGAUUUGUUCUCCUUUUUUUUGGAGGACAUCCAAAACGCAACCUUUGUGUGGAGGACGCCUUUCUCUCUACUCUUUGGCGAGUAAAACUCUUUCACCUUCCCUUCUAUUUCACUCCUCACGAGGAGGAAAUGUUAAUCUUUUUAUACUCCUCUUCCUCAAGGAAGACUCCAUGAAUCCUCAUAUCAUUCCGUACCUCCUUGAGGAGGAUUGGACCAUCCUUAAAACACUACACUCCCAAUUGCAUGCUUUAAUUACAUUAUAUAUUUUUUUGGUUAUUUUCUUUGCUUAUUUGUAUGUUAUUAGAGUUCAAGGUUUUGUAUUUUUGCACAUUUGCAUUUAUUCAGUUUUGUUUCCUCGUCUUAUUUUUUAUGCAAGUUUCUUUUUGUAAAAGAUGGUGCAUUUUUGGAAAAGGAGAGACUCAUGAGUAGAUAACCAGCCCUCACACUGAAUGCUUUAGUUCAGUGUUUCUAAACCAUGUUCCAGGAGGACCUCCAGCUCAGCACAUUUUCCAUGUCUCCUUUACCAAACACACCUGAUUCAGAUCAUCAGCUCAUUAGAAGAGACUGAAAGGUCUGUAAUGGGUGUGACAGACAAAGGAGACAUCCAAAACAUGCAGUGCUGGUGGUUUGCCAGGAAUGUGGUUGAGAAACAGUGCUUUAGUUCACUCCAGAAUUAAAAUAGUCAUAAUUUUAACAUCACUUAAAGACAUUUUAAUUAAUCUGAGUGGUUUCUGUUCAUCCAUUGGAAGUCAGUUCAAAAAUGUAUGUAAAGGUCUGCAUUUUGGUUUAAUCCAGAGUGGUUUAAUCCAAAUUUUCUAUAGAAACACAAUUGCUUUUCACAUUGCUUGCUUAUUAGUGUUUAUAUGUCAAUAAAAUAUUUUUAUAAAGCGAUUGUGUCUAUUCAGUAGACUUGGAUUACACUUUUUAACUCAUAUGGAUUUAUUUCUGACCUCUUCAUUGACGAUUCAGAGUUUUGUGUUGAAAGACUUUCAAUAAAUGAACAGAUUUAAGAAAAGAAUGUGGUUAUGUUGUUGCUUUUGAAGAUUUAGAAUGAUGAAGAUGUGUAAAUUAUGACAGAAUUCUCAAUUUGGGGUGAUCUAAUAUUUUAAAGGGAUAGUUCACCCAAAACUAAAACUCUGUCAUGAUAUUUAUCCUCCAUUUGUCCAAAGGAUUCUUUUUUCUGAACAACACUGAAGAUAAAACAUGGGUAACCAAGCCAUUGUUAAUCCCUAUUAAAUAGUAUAUUUUUUUCUAUAGAAGUCAAUGUGUUUUCAACAUUCUUCUAAAUGUCCUCUUUCAUGUUCUGCAGAAAAAAAGAAGCUUAGACAACUUUAGAACCGAAGUUCUUUGGACUCCAACUUUAGAGGGUGAGCAAAUGGAGUAUAAAUGUUCAUUUUUGGUUGAAUUGUCCCUUUAAGGCAUGGGUGUCAAACUCAGUACCUGGAGGGCCGCAGCUCUGCAUAGAUUAUUAUUAUUCUAGUCUAGUUUUGGCCAGUUAUUAGAUGUCUAUUAGAUUUUCACUAACAACCUUGUCAAAAAAAAAAAACAAACAAACAGCCAUUUAGCCUUGUUUUAGCAAAGACGACUAUGUUUGGUUGUCUAUUAGACAUCUGUCUUCAAAAAGCCUGAAAUACCUAAUUAAUUUGAUCAGGAGUGUUUAAUUAGAGUUGAAACUCAACUACAAACCAAGUUUAGCUAUAACAAGGCUAAACUUAAGGUGUCAGUGAAAAUCUAAUAGACAUCUAAGAAUAGCCCAAACUAGACUAGUCAUCAAUUGGACAGAGUAGACAGACUAUAUAUGUGUAGUCAUUCAUUUCUGUUAAUUUGAUGACUAGUCUAGUUUUGGCCUAUUCUUGGAUGUCUAUUUGAUUAUCACGACUAUAUUGAGACGUCUAUUAGACAUCUUUUAACAGCAGAGACUGCUUGCUGGGUUACCUGUAGGUUUCAAAAAGCCCAAAGGACAUAAUUAAUUUGAUCAGGUGUGUUUAAUUAGAGUUACUAACUAACUAAACUAAACUAAAACCCCAAUUUAGCUAAAACAAGUAAACUAACUAAACUAAAACCCAAGUUUAGCUAAAACAAGGCUAAACUUUGGCUGUCAGUGAAAAUCUAAUAGACAUCUAAGAAUAGCCCAAAACUAGACUAGUCAAAUAGACAGAUUAGACAGACUUUAUAUCUGUAGUCAUUCAUUUCUGUUUAUCCGACAUCUAUCAGACAUCUAUCAGAUGUUCACUGAGAGCCCAAAUUUAGCCUUGUUUAAGAGACAUCUUUUAGGCACAAAAAAUGUUGCUGGGUUACUUGUUUCAAAAAGGUUAUCGGUUUCAAAAAGCCUGAAAGACCUAAUUAAUUCAAUUAGGUGUGUUUAAAUAGACUUGAAACUAAACCGUGCAGAGCUGCGCUUCUCAAGAAAAACUGAGUUUGACACCUGUGCUUUAACUGUGUGUGAAACUGAAAGAAAAGGGCAGCCUAAAAAGUCUGAAUGUUUUGUAAUAUACCAAUAUCUAGCCCUAUAUAAGCAACAUUUACAGAUAGUGUACAUAACUAUAUUCUAUAUGCUUUCAGAAAUUGAAAUUCUAUACUUUAUUCUUAUGUUGUAUUUUCAUCAGAACUUCAGAGACUGAUAUCGAUUGAUUACGGUUGUGCAGUUUGUUUUUUCUGUAGAGCAUUCGCCCCUUUCUGUUAAUCUCAGAAGAGUUGACUUACAGCACCAAAGGACUCUCAGGUGAAAAAUAAAAACACAAAACCAAUCGCCAGCAUUUCAGAAGCAGAACUAGAACCCUGCCCAGUUUAAUAGUAUUUUGAGAAUAGGCUGUUACACGUUUGCCAGACUUGCUGUGGCCGGAGUGUUCCAGAACUCCACAGCGAUCUUCAGGCAAACAAUCUAAAGCACUUUGUAGUGACCAGUUGCCAACCUGUUAGGGUAUUUUGUAUUGCCAACAAGCCUGAUGUUGCGGAAUAUCAUCUGCCAGCAUUAGCUGCAAAACUCAAAGGACUAAUAAGGCAUUUUGGAGGUGUCCGUUUCUGAGUUUAUUUUAUUUUAAGUUUGUUUUGUCAGCUAAGGGAAUUCAUUUUUUCGCUAUACCUCCAGUGUGCUUGUUAGUUGUGAGAUUAUUGAAACUGGUUGCCUUGAUUUGUGGUUCACCACAGCAUUCCAGUACAGUAUAUGUGUAGCCAAGUGAUUCAGAUUGUGUGUUUGCCUCGAUUCUGGCUCAUCUCUGGUGUGACUCUUCUACUUCUAGCUUGUCUUUGGGAAGACGUGCAGUUCAAGUGUAAUACCUUGAGUCAGAAAGGUACUCCUUUUAUUUGUUUUUAGACUCGCGUGAAGUAGAAACGAGUCACUUCAACAGAGUUGAAGGCCAGAUCGGGGACUGCCGUUAUGACAUCACUGCAUGGAUGUUAAUGUUGUUGGAAGUGCAGUGUGGGUUUAGAUGCAGCGUUGUUACAGUAUUACACUGCCAGUACAGAGGGAAGUAUUUGAUAUAUUGUGUACUUAAUGUAUUGUUUCGAUGUGCGUGCUUUAAAUUAUAUUUUCUUAAGUUUCUGGAUGACAAUGUUCCUACAUGUUAUGAAGUGAAGACACCAGGGACUGGUUUCGGAACUGGUGACAUUUUCUGCAACAAAAUGUAAAUGGAGAAAAAAAAGCUGCUUUGUAAAUGUAAACCUGGUUACAUUUUAAAUAUUAAAAUGGCCUCUGAUAUGUUUUAAGAA